AAAUUUCCCCACAAUGCACCUGUAAAUUUCGAGCGUUUAUUGAUAUUGAUGCCCUUGCGAAUUAACAACACGAUUGAAAAUGUCGUUUACAAAAGUUAUAUUUACACGAAUUCAGCCGCUUUUAUUAAAAUCGCAAACUCCUUUAUGCUUUAAAUCAUGUUCAUUUAGUUUAAUUGCCAAUAGUCAACAAUUGACAGCUGCAGCUGUUUCCUGGAGCCACACAUGCCACCAACAGAUCAGAUAUAAACGCAAAGUAUUCGUGGAUUUCACCAAGAUCAAACCAUUGAAUUUUGACUAUUCUGAGGAUCUAGUCAAACAGGAAGAACUGUGUCCAGAUGAGCUCCUAUUCAAAUACAGGGACAUUCCUGAGAUAGAGCAGAUGCCUCCCCAUCUGAAGAAAUUAUUUACUGUAAAAUUUGGAUCAGGGAAAGAGAAGCUGGAACAUCGUAACAUGGUCGUACAGGACAAGCUAUCUGACCUGGUGGGGCCUGCAGCGGACUAUGAAAGGCAGAUUGCAUACCUCACUGUGAAGAUUCGUAACCUCAUGCCAUAUGUUAUGAGCACCAGACAGAACAAGAAGCAUAAGCAGUACCUGAUAGAGAGGAUAGCAAAACGCAAGAAGAUCCUGGGCUACCUGAGACAGCUUGACUAUGAUCGCUACCUGUGGAUGCUGAGGGAGAUGAAGAUGACCUACACACAGCCAGACCCUUACAG